UUUUCACGCUAAAAUCGCAAAUCACAAGUGUUGGAGUGUGGAAAAUGCGUGUUAUAGGACAACAGACGGUGUACAGCGCUCAGUGGGGGAAAGAUACCGUCAUGUCGGGGAAAGGUUUGACCAAACAGACACUGUAUCUUCACAGAGAAGAGCGAGAGCAGAACGGAGUACAGUCGGGAACAGAUCCGCAAGUAUCUCUGCCACAACCCAGAGAGCACGCCGGAACCCUUCAAACUCCCGCUUACGACAAGGCAGCGUUCUUACGUUGCCUUGUCCCUCCCCACAGAACGCUGUACCGAAGCCUACACGGGCCACAUGUACAGACCACAGUGAGCGGAACAGAGCCCCGUCCCCUCAUCUGUGGAGUGACGCGGACUCCGAGGGCUCCUCAGACGACGAGCGGUGUCCCAGCCGAGGCAGACAGCGUCUCAAGACGUCACGCCGCCACAAGACGUUCUUACGUGAAACGUCUUCGUCUUCUCCGGGAGAUCACGGAGUCUCCGCUGUCCAGUCGUCCCGUCGGGAGAAAAGACGGCGGUCUCCUCCUCACGGCGUGGUCAAACAGCGCCGCCUAGCGUCUUCUGUACACCCUGCAGGGACGUCUAUGGACAAACCCACAGUCGAUGUGAAGCCCAGCACAGCUGCAGCUGCGGAGACAGGUUCUGUCAUAGUCGAGGGUUCGGCUAAGAAGACCAGCGACCCUACAAGAGGCUUGGUGUCGUACCGACCUGAACCGACAGAGAGCGCUGCUGCACGCCAGAUGCUGAAGGCACACCGAACCAUCCAGGCUUCCCGCCUGAAUUCUGAACAUGCUACUGGUUCCCAACAGGAACACCGAUCAGUACCACCGUCUGUCCCAUCAGCUGGUCAACACAAACACCAUGCUGCGAGGGCACGCCCUUGUCAUGACGGCGGGAGUGUACGCCCAGGUUACUCGGAGACUUGUUCUACGAGGGUACGUCCUGGGUACGGCACUGGUCCUGUGAGGGUACGCUCUGGGUACGACAGUUGUCCUGUGAGAGUACGCCCUGGGUACGGCAGUGGUUCGGUAAGGGUUCGCCCUGGUCAUGACGGCAUCUGGAGCGGCCAUGAUGAAGGUUUCUGGCACCAGCCGGCAUAUCGGAUCAACGCCGUGCUGUUUCCCGGUAGCCAACAGGUCCAGACUGCUCAGUCGCGCCCUCCAGCGGUGAAGAUGGAUACUGCAGCAUCCCAUGAUGCACCAAAAGCUGUCCGGACGGCCAGCCAGGGUGACUCUCGUUGCCAUGGUAACGGCUACAAGGACAAGUCGACAUCUCGACCAAACCAGCUUUUAUCCAGUGACGUCAAACAGACGAUCCCGUCAUGUGAUCCACGGACGGAGAAGAGUGGUCAGCCAAUCAGGACCGCACAAUCUUCCACAAGGCCUGAUGGGAAACAUCCCAACAUGCAUAUGGGUGGUCACGGUGACAAAAGGAUGACGUCACAACGUCCAACACUGACGUCACGACCUACACCAUUGGAGGUUCUACAGAAAGUCAGAGCCUCAAAGAUGACCGCACCCAAAGUCAGUAACGUUACCAACCUGACAUCCACACAGCGCCCUGCCCCUACGUCACGACCUACACCCUUAGAGGUUCUACAGAAAGUCAGAGCCUCAAAGAUGGCCACACCCAAAGCCAGUAACGUCACCAACACCGAGACAUCCACACGUCAGCACUCUUGGUGGUCCAGCGACUCAGAGUCCGAGUCUGAUGACGAGUCGUGUUGGUGUCUGGAGUGCUUCAAAUGUCGCAUCAUGGGAACUGUUGUUCCUCACGAGGACAAGUUCGCUGUGACACAACAGGGCGUUGACAAGAAGACGUUUGAACAGGCACGUGACAGUGUCGGUAGUUCCCCCAGUCUUCAGUACGUCAAUGCCAAUGACAGCUCACGCCAUGGUGACAAUAGAACUGAGAGUUCCAAACGUGUCCGUUGCAGCUUGGAGUCAACUUCAGACAGAUGUAAACGUGUCAAGCUGUCGGGACAGAGCAGUGAGAUGACGUCACACACCAGCUGUGAGAUGACGUCACGUGCCAGCUGUCCGUCCAACAGCCAUGACGUCACGUAUAACCUCGGACAUGGAGGUUGAGGACAUUUGCAAGGAUCCUACAGACGCGCAUGCGCACAGACGACAGAACGGCGUGUUUCUGCGAACAGAUGUCUUGCAUGAGAAAGAAAAUUGUUUGAAAAGCACUUUGUUAAUCUCUAGGAAUUAUGGCUUUUUUUGGCUAUUAGACGAGCAAUACGUAAUAGUUACUAUCUGAAUCUUAAAAUCUCUAGAAUCAUUGAACAUAAAAAAUAGGAAACAAAAGUGUUUCUGUGUGUGUGACAAAAUCUCGAGAGUAUUGUAUACUUUUAAUUACUGUCUUGUACUGGACAGAACUAUUCACUUCAUGGGUAGUACGG